AGUCACGCGUUUCGGCAGCGCCGUCGGAGCGCGCGCGUUCGGAUAUAUGGGGGUAGUUAGUAGCGUUUCAAACUCGCGCGGUUGGGCAGCGCCGUUCGUUGAACGCGUCCUAUUCGCGCGGCGCGGUCGAACCGCGCGCCGCUCGUGCGCUUCUACGGCCAUUGUGCGUUUUAGUCUGACGCCGUUGAGACGCGCCGUUAGGUUCUGUUGUGUACAAAAUGAAUUACAUCGAUACGGGACGAGUAAUUGACGAAGUGCGAAUUAGAAGAUGUUUAUGGGACCCGGCCGAUGAUUUUUAUAAGAAUAAGGACGCAAAAAAUAAAGCCUGGGAAGAAAUUGGAAAGGAAUUGUGUGGUGAAAAUUUCAAUACAGACUUAGAGAAACAAAUACGCCAUCGAUGGAAAUCAGCCAGAGAUAAUUAUUUCAAAACAAAAGGGAAUAUGCGUAAUACGCCAUCUGGAAGCGCUGCAAAACACAAGAAGUAUCUAUUUUUCGAGCAAAUGACAUUUCUUGAUCGUAUUUCAAAAAAUGAAGUUACAGAAUCAUUAAGCGAUAAUCAGUCUAUCGUAUCUGAAGAUUUGACUGAAACAGCCACAUCAGCGAAUAACUUGAGUACUCCAUCUCAGCUCCAUAGACCACAGGAAAACACAGAAAAUAGUCAAAACAAAUGGAAUCAAAACAGGAGAAAUAAACGUAAAUCAGAACAAUCAAAUUUUGAAAACGAAUUAAUAACGUUGCUUAACCAAAAUAUUUCCCCUUCCAACCUCAAUCCUGAUGAUUUGUCAUUUUUUGAGUCUCUUGGUCCGAUUCUAAGUAAUUUAAGUGCUUAUCAAAAGCUGCAGUUUCGCUCAAAGGUUCUAGAAUUACUUGUUGGGAUUUCAGCUCCAACGACUACGACACCUAGCUUUUCAUCACCAGAAAAUAAUGUUAAUUCUAGUGUGAACGCAAAUUCUACUUAUAAUUACACAACUCAAACAUUGCCACUUCAUAAUUAUAACUAUGCCUAUGCUACCACCUCUACACCUCAACAGCAGCUAUAUGAAUCUGCAGUAGAAUUAUCAAAUGUCGUAUCGCCGACUGGCGAUAAUAACUCAAAUUAUCCUGAUAAUGAGGAUCAAUAAGGAUAUUAGUUAGUUUUUACAGAUUUAUUUUAAAAAGUUUAUUACUACUUCGCAAAAAUCAAAAUGCUACUGCCUGGGAGGCAAUGCCGCUCCGAAAGGGCAAAGUUGUCAGGUUGCCAGGCUUGGUGUGCCUGCUAGCUUGACGUCAAGAUAGCAGGCACACUAACUUGUCACAAUACUUUGACAUAGACAAACCAACAAAUCAUUCGGUGUUCCUUCUAACUAUACACACACAAGUGAACCUCACAAGUACUUGUCAAUUUUUAUGGUAGAACAAAAAUGUUUGCACUGACCAGAAAAAAAGCAGGUAGCCUGCGCCGAGUUUCUAUCAAAAUAGCCAAACCAGCAAGCGCCAAUCGGCGGCCGGCAGCUUGUAGAUCGGCGCAUGCUACCCACUUUCUUUCUGAACACGCUUAAUGUUAUGAAUAGCUUAGUUCUAUAAAUCUGCAUCUAUAUCGAGUUGAUUUGUCGGCCUAGUAUUGAUCCUCAUUAACGGCGUUAGCGAUUAAGUAUUAGCUACAAACUAAGACUGAUUAAAAUGAGAC